AUGGCGCACGCGUGGAGAAGACACAUUGUGCACGAGCUUCACGCACGCGAUCGUACCCAAAGCGCGUGCUUCACACAACUCUUCACGCACUACGCUGGACUCCUGGAGAGAACCAAUGGGAUGGCCGUGUCUCCCAGAGGGCAGAGCUCCACCCACCUGGACUCGGUACAGCAGCUGGCGUGUCAGGUGGUGCAGCUGCAGACCUCUCUCUCUCAGACCGAGCAACGGCUGCAGCAGAAGAGUCACAGUGUUGCAGUAGCACAGUCGGAGCUGCAGAUGGCGGUGCUGUCUCAUCGGUCUCUCGUCUCCCGUGUUAACUCAAUGCGAGAUUCUAACUCUACUCUGAAACGAGACUACGACGCGUUACUGCGGCAACAGGCAGAGGCGGAGCUAUUCCUCAGGCAGGAAGUGCAGCAGAGCCACCACAGCAAGAAUCAGAUCAGCGUCGGCCUCAUCUCCCAGACUGAGCUUCUUCAGAAACCUGUUCAGGAGGCGUGGCCGGUCACACAGUCUGGAGGUGGAGCUUCUGAGACCGACACAGUAUUGUGUUUCCACAGGAAUGCCUUGUCAGGUCCUACACGUGAUCAGGUUCACUGUUGUCGCUUCAGUCCUUGUUCUGAGGUUUUGGCCACAGCUGCAGACGAUCGACACCUGAGGCUUUGGGAGGUGCACCACGGUCAGUCCCUGUACUCCUCUUCUGCUCCUCCUCAGUCCCUGUACUCCUCUUCUGCUCCUCCUCAGUCCAUGUACUCCUCUUCUGCUCCUCCUCAGUCCCUGUACUCCUCUUCUGCUCCUCCUCAGUCCAUGUACUCCUCUUCUGCUCCUCCUCAGUCCAUGUACUCCUCUGCUCCUCCUCAGUCCAUGUACUCCUCUUCUGCUCCUCCUCAGUCCAUGUACUCCUCUUCUGCUCCUCCUCAGUCCAUGUACUCCUCUUCUGCUCCUCCUCAGUCCAUGUACUCCUCCUCUGCUCCUCCUCAGUCCCUGUACUCCUCUUCUGCUCCUCCUCAGUCCCUGUACUCCUCUUCUGCUCCUCCUCAGUCCAUGUACUCCUCCUCUGCUCCUCCUCAGUCCAUGUACUCCUCUUCUGCUCCUCCUCAGUCCCUGUACUCCUCUUCUGCUCCUCCUCAGUCCAUGUACUCCUCCUCUGCUCCUCCUCAGUCCAUGUACUCCUCUUCUGCUCCUCCUCAGUCCCUGUACUCCUCUUCUGCUCCUCCUCAGUCCAUGUACUCCUCUUCUGCUCCUCCUCAGUCCCUGUACUCCUCUUCUGCUCCUCCUCAGUCCAUGUACUCCUCUUCUGCUCCUCCUCAGUCCAUGUACUCCUCUGCUCCUCCUCAGUCCAUGUACUCCUCUUCUGCUCCUCCUCAGUCCAUGUACUCCUCUUCUGCUCCUCCUCAGUCCAUGUACUCCUCUUCUGCUCCUCCUCAGUCCAUGUACUCCUCCUCUGCUCCUCCUCAGUCCCUGUACUCCUCUUCUGCUCCUCCUCAGUCCCUGUACUCCUCUUCUGCUCCUCCUCAGUCCAUGUACUCCUCCUCUGCUCCUCCUCAGUCCAUGUACUCCUCUUCUGCUCCUCCUCAGUCCCUGUACUCCUCUUCUGCUCCUCCUCAGUCCAUGUACUCCUCCUCUGCUCCUCCUCAGUCCAUGUACUCCUCUUCUGCUCCUCCUCAGUCCAUGUACUCCUCCUCUGCUCCUCCUCAGUCCCUGUACUCCUCUUCUGCUCCUCCUCAGUCCCUGUACUCCUCUUCUGCUCCUCCUCAGUCCAUGUACUCCUCCUCUGCUCCUCCUCAGUCCAUGUACUCCUCUUCUGCUCCUCCUCAGUCCAUGUACUCCUCUUCUGCUCCUCCUCAGUCCAUGUACUCCUCUUCUGCUCCUCCUCAGUCCCUGUACUCCUCUUCUGCUCCUCCUCAGUCCCUGUACUCCUCUUCUGCUCCUCCUCAGUCCAUGUACUCCUCUUCUGCUCCUCCUCAGUCCCUGUACUCCUCUUCUGCUCCUCCUCAGUCCCUGUACUCCUCUUCUGCUCCUCCUCAGUCCAUGUACUCCUCUUCUGCUCCUCUUCAUCCCUGUACUCCUCUUCUGCUCCUCCUCAGUCCCUGUACUCCUCGUCUGCUCCGCUUCAGUCCCUGUACUCCUCUUCUGCUCCUCUUCAGUCCCUGUACUCCUCUUCUGCUCCUUUUCAUCCCUGUACUCCCCUGCACCUCCUCAGUUCCUGUGCACCUACUCUGCUCCUCCUCAGGUCGUCUCUCUCUUGAAGCGUCUCUGUUUGGAUUCACGGAGUCUGUGACCUGCAUCGACUUUGACAAAACAGGUUUUCUUGUUUUGGCGUCGUCACAUGAUAAGUCUGCGUUACUAUGGCAACUGAACGAGCCCGCCCCCAAGCUGACUCUGACAGGACACCGUAGGACAGUGAGUGCAGCUCGGUUCAGUGCGCCCCCUCUGGUGGUGACAGGAAGUGCAGACGCAACCAUCCGACUGUGGGACCUGCAGCGGGAGUAUUGUUCUCAUGUCCUGGAGGCGGAGUCUCAUGUGUCAGAUCUGGUUUGUUCAGAGUCGUCAGUUUUCAGUUCACAUUUAGACGGAAGAGUUCGACUGUGGGACCUCAGAUGUGGCUCGCGGGUUCUGGACUUGCGGCUCCCAGACCGGGUCUCUGGCCUGGACCUGAGCUCAGACGGGUGUUUGUUGUUGUGCUGUUGCCGUGACGACGCCCUGCAUCUGUUCGACCUGAGGGGGCGGAGCUUCACCCACACCUGUCUGAAGGGGGAGGGGCUUCACUGCAGCGACAGAAGCAAGGCCACGAUCAGUCCUGACAGGUGUUAUGCUGCUGGAGCGUCUGCAGAUGGUGCUGUUUACAUUUGGAACAUUUCUUCAGGACAAGUCCAGAGCAGAAUCACCGACCAGACCAGCUCCUCCCUAGUGGGCGUGUCCUGGAGUAUCAGUGGGCGGUACUUGGUCACAGUGGAUAAAAGGAGGCGGGCUGUUCUCUGGAGUGAAUGA